UGCGCACAGAAUCCGUCAUUUACUUGUUGCUAUUUGUUUAGCAAAUGCUUGCUGCGCUGAGUAAGCUGUGUGAAUUGGAAGCGUCAUUGUCAUUGAAAUUUUAAGACAUAUUUUUAACUUUGUGGUCUGUUUAUCGUGCCUUAUAGCUAGGCAUUAGUAGCGAAAAUGUUGGCUUUAAUUAAUAGAUUUUUGGACUGGAUCAAAAGCUUAUUCUGGAAAGAAGAAAUGGAAUUGACUUUAGUUGGUCUUCAAUAUUCUGGUAAGACAACUUUCCUCAAUGUGAUAUCGUCUGGCCAGUUUUGUGAAGAUAUGAUUCCAACUGUUGGUUUCAACCUAAAAAAAGUGACAAGAGGGAAUGUUACUAUUAAAGUUUGGGAUCUUGGUGGUCAACCUAGGUUUAGAAGCAUGUGGGAGCGUUACUGCCGUGGUGUGAAUGCCAUUGUCUACAUGGUGGAUGCCGCUGAUCACGAUAAAAUUGAAGCUUCUCGAAAUGAAUUGCACAGUUUAUUAGAUAAACCCCAGCUGGUUGGUAUUCCCGUGCUUGUUCUUGGAAAUAAGCGUGAUUUACCGAAUGCUUUGGAUGAAAAAGAAUUAAUUGAGCAGAUGAAUCUGUCGGCCAUUCAGGACAGAGAAAUAUGUUGUUACUCAAUAUCUUGCAAAGAGAAAGACAAUAUCGAUAUAACAUUGCAGUGGCUUAUUUCGCAUUCCAAGUCCAGCAGCCACUAACUUUUUGUAUUAAAAGAACAUUUCUUUUUUUAUUUUAUAAAAAUAAUAUACGACAGAGGGAAGCAGAUAAAAUGAACUUUGUAUAAAGACAAGUAUUUUAGUUCAGUUUACUAUUCAUCCUAAAAAGUUUAAUGUUAUUACUAUUAUUCUGUAGCAAAGAAAUAUCUACCAUUUUUUUUUUUUUUUCCGUUUGUAGUUUUGUAAAAUUUCUGAAUUUCAAUUUUAAUACCUAAAAACUUUAAAAAUAAUAUUCAGAAAGUGAUAGUGAAGAAUUUUAUAGUUUAAUUGCCAAGAAAUUACUUAUGCUGUUUUUUAAGAACUAUAAAAGUGUUAAAUCAUGUAAUAACAACUUGUUCAUCAUGCUUUAUAUCCAUUUGUGAUAUCUGUGGAAGUUAUGCUAUGCUGAGUUGAAAUCUUGCUGUUUGUAAGUCUGUGUUUAUGUGUUUAAAUAGUGAAUGAUUUAUCUUGAUCAAUUGUCAUCGUUAUAUUUAAAUGGAAAUGUCAUUUUUAUUAUUGUAACAGUUGAACUUGUAACAAGCAUUUAUAAUAUUUUUUGCUGUUGUUACAUUUCGUAAAAAUACUAAAUAUUUUUUCAUUUUUUGUUUAUUAAGUGACAUUUUAUAUACUAGUCAAUAUAAUAUUUUAUUUGCUCAGUAAUUUGAUUUUAAUUGCUCCAUUAUUAUAUCUAUCAAGUCUUUAUAUUACAUAAUUUUUAGAGUAUAAUGUUUUUCUUAAUGUGAAACUGAACAUUUAAUGAAAUCUUUUCUAAUUGUGAAAGCUAAAUCUGAAAACUUUAAAAUUCUAUUUAGAACUUACACAGUGAAAGAAAUGACAUGAUACCUUUUAAGUAAAUCUUAUAAAUGAUAUUUCAUCUUUGUAUAAACUGCAAAUGCUUACUAUAUCAGUUGGAGGAAAAAAAAAUUAGUUAUCUUUCCUGUAGUUAAGUGUUUUAUUUCGUGCAUUAAUUUGUAUCCUUGUAAUGUCAUUCCAAUUUGUUCUGUUAACUCUGUAUAUAUUUUGUGUGGUUUCUUUUAACAUGUUAUAAAAUAGGCAAUGUGCUUAAUUUAUUUAUCAAGCAUGAUUAAAGAGUUCU